ACUCACUGUCAGCUGAUGACGUGGAACGUUAAGGGGGAAAACAUGGCGGCGCCCGCAAACGAGCACAAUAACUGUAAUAAUAUUGAUGUUUUUAAGCCCAGGAUAAUAAAGGAUAAUGAUCCCGAUACCAAACAUGCAUCAGAGGACAGAAGCUGUAUGGACUAUGUGUGUGAGGUGGUGGAGAGAGAAAUUGGUGGAGAUCUGAAAUCAAUGAGAAAAGUCAAGGGGCUUCUUGAGAAACUGACAGCAGAGAACAAAGUGUUAGAGGAGCAGGUGGUGACUGUAUCGAGCUCGGUGCCUUUGCGUGUGUCAGCUGCACUCGCUGCUGCAGAGGAGUCCCGGUCCAAACUGGAGACUUUACUUCAGAAAGAGAGAGUCCUUUCCAACACGCUGCAGCAGCAUCUCCAGGGAGCACAGAGCUGGGCUGACAGCCUCGGACAAACUCUGGGAGAGCUUGACACACUGGAGAGACACAUGAAGUACCUCCAGUGCUUGUCUCACAUUGAAGAGCUCAGUGACAGCAUUCAGCAGUUCCUGAUGACUAACAGUGUCUGGGAGGCAAUUGGUGUAGUAGGCAACAUGGCCACUCUGGACAUGGGUCUUAAAGAGUCAGGCUGCACCCACCUCCAAGCAUUCCUCAGAGAAACAUUGCACUUCUGGCAUAAGAUCCUGAAAGACAAACUCAAAAGUGAUUUUGAGGAGGUUCUGACGCAGCUGCACUGGCCAGUAGUGUCUCCCCCGACGCAGUCUCUCUCUCCACUGUCCAACGCUCAGGAGCUCAACAACCAACUGGAGCUGCUCGUGUCUCAGCUCAUCUCCCUGCAGACGUCGGAUGACCUUAUAUCAGAGAAGAAGGAGGUGCCCACCCGCCCCGGCCUGCCUCAGACCCCCCCACUUUCACUUCCUGUUCAGAUCAUGCUGCAGCCUCUCAGUAAGAGGUUUAAGUAUCACUUCACUGGGAAUCGGCAGACCAACUCGCUAAACAAGCCAGAGUGGUAUCUGACUCAGGUCCUCAUGUGGAUGGGCCAUAAUUCCACCUUCAUGGAAGAGAAGAUUCAGCCCAUUUUUGACCGUGCUGGAGCCAAAGUCAAUGCAAAGGUGGAGCUGUGCAGAGGGCUUCUUACUCUGGUGCAUGAGAAACUGGCCCAGGAUGCCCCACGGCUGCUCUAUGACGAUGCUCUCUUCUGCCACCUGGUGGACGAGGUACUGCAGUUUGAGAAGGAGCUGUGCUCCACACACGCCUACCCCAGCAGCUACCCUGGAGCCCUGCACAUACUGCUGGAGGAGAACGUCUUUCAGAAGUGGCUCAGUGUGGAGAGAAAGAUGGCACUAGAGAAGGUGGAUGCCAUGUUGUCUGCAGAAGGGGCCUGGAGCUCUCAGUACAAAGACAUCACUGAUAUGGAUGAGCUGAAAGCACCAGACUGUGCAGAGACAUUUAUGACUUUACUGCUGGUCAUCACAGAUCGAUAUCGUUCCUUGCCAUGCCCUCGAGCUCAGCUCAGCUUCCUGGCUCUACAAAGAGAGCUGGUGGACGAUUUCCGCAUCCGUCUCACCCAAGUGAUGAAGGAAGAGUCCCGACAGCCACUGGGUGCCCGCUAUUGUGCCAUCCUGAAUGCUGCCAACUACAUAUCUACAGUUCUGAGUGACUGGGGCGACAAUGUGUUCUUCUUGCAGUUGCAGCAGGCAGCCGUGUCAGUCGGGGAUGAGGUGCUGGGGCCUCUCGGGGCCACAGAGAGUGGGCGCCUGGCCUCACUGGAAGGCUCCCUGUUUGAAGGACUGCUCGCAUUGCUUGAGAGACUGAGAGGAGACAUGUUGGGCCGUCUCCUGGAUGCAGUUAUGAGAGACGUGAAGGAGAAAGCACAGCCUUAUUGCAGGGACAGGUGGAUCUCUUUGCCGUCACAGUGUGACCAGGCUACCAUGUCACUGUCCAGCUCUGCGUGUCCCAUGUUGCUGUGCCUGAGGGAUCACCUGCUCCAGCUGCAGCAGCUGCUCUGCCUGCCUCUGUUCCAGAUGUUUUGGCAGGGCCUGGCCGAGAGGCUGGACCUCUUCCUCUAUCAGGAUGCAUGCUGUUUGCUGAAGCAGUAGCUAUAAGCUUCCCCUUACUUCCUAACAACAUCAGAGGUGCCAACAUCUACUGUAUUUGCUAGUGCAAUACAGAAGACACCUGAAAAUUCCAGUUUUCUGCAUCUGCUAUGGUUUUCUGAAGGGGCAAGGGAGCAGAACGUUAAAGACACACAUUUGUUUCUGGUAGUGAUUACUUUCACUUUGAAAGUAUUUCGUACUGUUGCUUGGCACACUGAAAAGAAAUUAUCCAUUUUGUCCUCUGAAAUAAACUAGACUUUCUGUGGUAAUAUUCUGGGGGUUUUUUUUUUCUCUCUGCCUGCUUGGGUUUUCUUGUUAGCAAUACUGGUACAUCAGUCUUCUAGCUGAUCAGUCUUAUAACUAAAGAAGAAAACUUUAAAACACCAGCCACGUCUUAGAAUUUGGAGUAGGGGAAAUUGUGUAAAUUUCAUGUGUAGCAAAGCCAUUGCUUAAAAACUCUGACCCUGGAGGGCUGUUCCAUUGUAUAGCUGAAUAGUGCAGAAGCUAUCAUUACCGCUUAAUGAUGCAAUUGUUGUUUCUCUGUAUUCACAGGUGAUCCUGUACAACCACUUCAAUGAAGGUGGUGCUGCACAGCUCCAGUUUGACAUGACUAGAAACUUGUUUCCAUUGUUUGGACA